AUGGCGGCGCCCUUUCAGGACGAGCUGUGGGCUCUGGCCUCCAUUUUCUGCGGGCCCGGAGAACAGUGCGAGGUGCUCAACAGCUCAGAGACAGAUGGGACCGUGUUCAGAAUUUUCACAAAAGCCGAAGGACUUGCGGAAACAGAGACACCUCUGGAAUUGGUGUUCCAUUUGCCCGUUAAUUAUCCAGCCUGUCUACCUGGUAUCUCAGUUCAUUCUGAACAUCUGACCCGAGCCCAGUGUGGGUUUGUGAAAGAGAAGAUACUCGAGCAAGCAGAGAAAUUUUUGUCAGAACCAAUGAUGCAUGAGCUCAUUCUCUGGACUCAGCAGAAUCUUAGGCACCUUCUAAACCAACCAGCAGCUGGCAUUGGCAGGGAAAGGAACACUUUUACAGGCAUACCUGCGGAUGAUGCAUUGUGGAUGACUCUUUUGCAUGUCGAUCACAUGAGAGCAAAGACUAACUAUGUCAAAACAGUGGAGAGAUGGGCUUCUGACUUAAGACUGACUGGAAGACUGAUGUUCAUGGGCAAACUCAUCCUGAUUUUACUGCAAGGCGAUAGACACAGUAUCAAGGAGUACCUGAUUCUUCAGAAAACCUCCAAAGUAGAUGUGGACUCAAGUGGAAAGAAAUGCAAAGAGAAAAUGAUGAGUGUACUGUUCGAAACAAAAGUACAGACAGAACACAAAAGGUUUUUGGCAUUUGAAGUCAAAGAGUAUUCAUCGUUGGAUGAGUUACAAAAGGAAUUUGAAACUGCAGGACUUAAGAAGCUUUUCUCUGAAUUUGUACUGGGGUUAGUAAAAUGAAACGGAAAGCAGGAAUCUUUUAGUAAAAUUGGCUUUUUUCCCUGUUUGUCUUGGACUUUGGGAGUGGCUAAUAGAAAUAUUCAUUAGGGAACAAUAUCAAAGUUUCUUUGAUAUGAAUUUAUAGACAUCAUCCUAACUUUAGGAACAAAAGCCAGUUAUGUUUAUAGAAUAUUAAACAGAACAAGCUCUGUGUAUUCUAAUAUUUGUUAGUAAAGGCUA